AUGGCGGCGUUGUCGAAACUCCAGCUUUUGGGUACGGCAAUUCCCGGCCGGCAGUACGCGCCGGGUGUGCUCGGAAUGCUGACGGUGUUCGCGCUUGUCAAACUCUACAAAAGCGAUAUUCGCGCCACAAAACAUUUAGUUGUGAAGAAGAAAAAAGGCGAAAAAUCGCAAAAAGCGCACGUCGACGGCGUUUUCAUGCGAAAACUCGCCAGAAUUCUUCGCAUCCUCAUUCCGGGCUUCUUCUCCAAAGAGACAUUCUAUAUGGUGCUUAUCGCGGCAUCUCUGCUGUGCAGAACUUAUGCCGAUGUUUAUAUGAUUAUUACAUCAACGAAAAUUGAAGCCUCAAUUAUCGAUCGAAAUCCGCUGCUUUUCGCGUUGGAAGCGUUCAAAUAUGUGCUUAAUCUUCCGGCAAUCUCGGUGACAAAUGCGCUUCUCAAGUUCAGCAUUGCUGAGCUGAAAUUGCGCUUCCGUGAGCGACUUUCGACGCAUUUAUACGAUCAGUACCUAAAGGGCUUCACCUUCUACAAAAUGUCGAAUUUGGAUACUCGCAUUCAAAACGCCGAUCAACUUUUGACGCAGGAUGUCGAUCGAUUCUGCGACGGAAUCGUCGAGCUCUAUUCAAAUUUGUCAAAACCGAUUCUCGACGUUUUUCUAUAUUUAUUCCGUUUGGGAACCUCACUAGGCUUCUCAUCGCCGUCGAUUUUAUUCUCCUAUCUGCUGCUCACCGGUGUCGGACUCACAUACCUCAGGCGACCGAUUGGCCGCCUAACUGUCGAAGAGCAAGCGCUUGAAGGCGAAUAUCGCUACGUGAACUCGAGAUUGAUAAUGAACUCCGAAGAAAUUGCGUUCUAUCAAGGAAAUACCAGCGAGAAGCAGACGAUUCUCAGCACGUUUGCCAGUUUGGUGCAGCAUUUGAGAAAAGUGAUAUUGUUCAGAUUUUCGAUUGGGUUCGUCGACAACAUCGUCGCGAAAUAUCUCGCCACCGUCGUCGGAUGGUACGCCGUCGGAAGCUCAUUCUUCGACAAAAACCAUAAGCCGUUCAUCGGAAUGAGCCGAAACGAGCUGAUGCAGGAGUAUUAUAAUUCGGGACGAAUGAUGUACAAAAUGGCCGAGGCGCUCGGAAGGCUCGCGCUCGCCGGAAGAGACAUGACAAGGCUCAGCGGGUUCACGUCACGAGUCGACACGCUGCUCAGUGUGCUUGACGAUGUCAAUAAAGGAAACUACAAACGAACAAUGGUUUCUGAGAAGGAUUGCCUUCUCGAUUCGUCCCCGACACACCUCACUCCCGGUGGCGGCGAGCUUCUCAUUCAGGACAACAUCAUCCGAUUCGAAGAUGUUCCAUUGGUGACACCCAACGGCGACGUGCUUAUUGAGAGCCUCAACUUUGAAGUGCCGUCGGGAAGAAAUGUGCUCGUGUGCGGACCAAACGGAUGCGGCAAGAGCUCGCUAUUCCGUGUGCUUGGAGAACUCUGGCCACUAUUCGGCGGAAAACUCACCAAACCGGCGAAAGGCAAACUGUUCUACGUUCCGCAACGUCCGUACAUGACGCUGGGAACCUUGCGCGAUCAAAUCAUCUAUCCCGAUCGUCAAUUCGACAUGUUGAAGAAGGGCGUCAGCGAUUUCGAUCUUGAGAAGAUGCUCGACCACGUUCAGCUCACCCAUAUUCUUGAUCGCGAGGGCGGCUGGAAUUCGGUGCAAGAUUGGAUGGACGUUCUAUCGGGCGGCGAGAAACAGCGAAUCGCGAUGGCUCGCCUCUUCUAUCAUCGUCCGCAAUUCGCGAUUCUCGACGAGUGCACGUCGGCGGUGAGUGUCGACGUCGAAGGCGCCAUGUACAAAAUGUGCCGCGAAAUGAACAUCACCCUGUUCACCGUGUCGCAUCGAAAAUCCCUCUGGAUGUACCAUGAGUAUUCCCUCUACAUGGACGGGCGUGGAAGCUAUCGAUUCGAGAAGAUUGAUGACGACACUCAUCAGUUCGGAUCAUAA